GUGUUAUUAUCAAACAAAACAAAAAAAGCAAAGUUCACUCAGUUAUAGUUCUUUACAUCCUAAUUAUAAUCAGUAGCCAAACUAACAUCUAUCCUCGAAUUGUGUUGGGAGAGAAAAAAAAAUGGCAUCUCUCAUUGAUUCCAGAAGCGGUUUCUGCAAAUCAAACUCCACAUUCUACAGCAAACGCAACCCAUUGCCACUCCCGGCGAACCCUUCCCUUGACGUCACCACUUUCAUCUCCUCUCAGCCUCACCGCGGCACCACCGCCUUCAUCGACGCAGCCACUGGCCACCGGUUAAGCUUCUCCGAACUCUGGACAGCCGUCGAACGCGUCGCUGACUGUCUCCACCAUGACAUCGGAUUAAAGAGAGGCCACGUCGUCCUCAUCCUCUCUCCCAACUCUAUCUACAUUCCCGUCGUCUCCCUCGCCGUCAUGUCUCUCGGCGCCGUCGUCACCACCGCGAACACUCUCAACACCGCCGCCGAGAUAUCCAGACAGCUCGCCGACAGCAACCCAACUCUCGCCUUCACAACCGCCGACCUGGCUCCCAAACUCGCCGGUUCCGGUAUCUCCGUCGUUCUCGAGCGCGUGGGGUCCACUCGCGGAGUCGACGUCGUCGGGGCUGUGAGCGAGAUGAUGAAGAAGGAACGGAGGGGGCAAAGAGUCAGAGACCGAGUCAACGAGGAGGACACGGCGAUGAUGCUUUACUCGUCGGGCACAACGGGGCCGAGCAAAGGAGUGAUCACGUCUCACCGGAACUUAACAGCCUCCGUGGCGAGGUUUGUCUCGGAGAAACGGAUAGGAGGCGAGGUGUUCCUCUGCACCGUUCCCAUGUUCCACACCUAUGGGCUACUCUGCUUCACUAUGUUCACCGUAGCAGUGGGUUCCACGGUGGUGAUUCUCCGGAGAUUCGACCUCCACGGUAUGAUGGCCGCCGUUGAGAAGUACAGUGCCACCAUUCUUGCUUUGACGCCGCCGGUUGUGGUAGCUAUGACUAACGAGGCGGAUGUGAUCAGGGCCAAGUAUGAUCUGAGCUCGCUGAGGACGGUGAGAUGCGGUGGGGCGCCGUUGAGUAAGGAGGUGACGGAGGGGUUCAUGGAGAAAUAUCCGACGGUUGAUAUUUUAGCUGGAUACGCUUUGACGGAAUCCAACGGUGCAGGAGCUUCGAUUGAUACGGUGGAGGAGAGCCGGAGAUACGGCUCGGUGGGGUUGUUGGCGCCCGGUGUGGAAGCGAGGAUCGUGGAUCCGGAUACGGGUCGGGUCAUGGGUGUGAACCAAACGGGCGAGCUCUGGCUCAGAGGGCCUUCUAUUUCCAAAGGUUAUUUUAAAAACGAGGAAGCUACAAAUGAAACCAUUAAUUUGGAAGGAUGGCUAAAAACUGGAGAUAUCUGUUAUAUCGAUGAAGAUGGGUUUCUUUUUGUCGUGGAUCGGUUGAAAGAACUAAUCAAAUACAAAGGCUAUCAGGUACCUCCAGCCGAACUAGAGGCUCUCUUGGUUACUCAUCCAGACAUUCUAGAUGCCGCUGUUAUUCCGUUUCCUGAUAAAGAAGCGGGACAAUACCCGAUGGCCUACGUGACACGAAAGAUUGAGAGCAACCUAUCAGAGAAGCAAAUUAUUGACUUCGUGUCUAAACAGGUGGCACCGUAUAAGAAGAUAAGAAAAGUCGCAUUUAUAAACUCCAUACCAAAGAAUCCAUCCGGCAAGACACUUCGUAAAGAUCUAAUCAAACUCGCCACUUCUAAAAUUUGAAAUGAUCUAUAUUUGCUGGAUUCUCACUUCUUAACGGUGAUGGUAUUAUAUUUUUCAAUAAGAGAGAAAUGUAAGAACAUAUAUAUAUUGAACAGUUUAGAAGAAGACUAGGAUAAGACACGCGUAAAGUAAAUUUAUAUGAAAAUUAUUUAA